CUGUCACGCAUAAUUGGGAAGUUUCCAAUCGAGAAGAUCCGCAUUUACCAGAUUUGUUUAUGCGGUUACUUUACAGCGCUUCAACGGUUUUACUACACUUGCACGACAUAGGAUUGAAGCGCCGACAGAAAUCUUUCCGCCCUUUUGCUUUACGGUUUUAACAUUAUUUGCAUCUUCGCAGAGCCUGUAUUUGCUGGGUUCGCUAGUGUAUUUGCUGCUCGCGAAACUUAGCCGAAGCUCUGUUUUGCAUUGUGCAACAUUCGACUUUUAUUUUCUCUCUACGUUCCAUGCACAGUUUCUUCGCUUACACAGAUUAUUGCCCCCGGUAGUUUUUUAGUUACUAUUGCCCUGCCUCGUCUUGCAGGUCAUUCUUCU